AUGUUCGGUCGCAAACAGGCCGAAGCUACCGAGCAUGGCUUCCAAUCACCUGACCACGAGCACGAUGUUCGUAUCGGAAGGGAGGAUAUCGAUCCGGACAGUGGCGUCAAGCGAGGGUUGAAGAAUCGACAUCUUUCCAUGAUGGCGUUGGCUGGUAUCAUUGGUCCUGGAUUACUGGUCGGAUCUGGCUCCGCGCUGCAAAAUGGAGGUCCUGCUUCAUUGAUUAUCGGGUUUGGAGUGAUUGGCAUUAUCGCGUUCAGUAUCAUGCAGUCUUUGGGCUUUGCCGUGGCGGUUGGCUGGAACUACUUUAUCAUCUGGGCAGCCGUGCUAGCCAACGAGUAUAAUGUGAUAUCGUCCAUCUUCGUCUUCUGGAGCGACAGGGUGCCUAUCUGGGGAUACUUCUUGAUUUUCUGGUUUGCCUUCAUGGCCUUUCAGCUGAUAGGUGUCGAAGCAUUUGGCGAGGCAGAGUUUUGGUUAGCGCUUGUGAAGUUGCUUGGACUCACCGCGUACUUUAUCUUUGCCAUCAUCUACGCAAGUGGCGGCCUUAUUGGACAGGAUGGUGCUCUUGUUUCCCGCUACUGGAACGAUCCAGGGCCUUGGAACGGUAAUGGCUUUCGUGGAGUCGCAGCAGUCUUUGUUUUCUGCUCGACGUUCUACGCUGGUGUCGAAUGUGUGGCAGUAGCAGCCACAGAGACCAGGAACCCAGGUGUCGCUGUUCCUCAGGCCAUCAGACAGGUCUUCUGGCGGAUCAUCUUCAUCUACAUGAGGUCCGCGUUCUUCUUCGGUCUGACUUGCCCUGCCAACGCGGAUCAACUUGUCGAAGGCGGCAGUCGUUCUCUCCAGAGUCCUAUGACAGUCGCGAUACAGAUCGCAGGCUGGCAAGGUGGAGUGCAUCUGAUCAACGCUUUCAUCUUCAUCACAUGA